AUGCUUAAUUCUGCCCUUCUAUCGUUACUUGGCAUCGCGCCCAGCUUUUUCGGUAACGCUCUUGCACAGACUUUUACGCCGGCACCUGGCAAUUUCCCAGCCAAAGGUGAUGGUGACUUCGCGGGUGGCAUCUUCAGCAUCUCCCUCGCUGAGCUACCUAAAUAUGCUGGCGCGGGUGGAACCGGACCUGAGGCUCCCAAAGGCAAUGGUGCGAAGACGUCUGGCUCAGGACCCUAUCCUGCACAGAUGUUGACCGACUCUUCGCUACCGGGACACACAAUCUUCGCGCCUAAGACUCUUCCAGCCGGAAAUCUCAGUCUGCCUUUCAUUGCAUGGGGCAAUGGAGGCUGCGGCCUCAACGCAGGUAUCUACGAGCGCUUGUUAGUAGAAAUUGCUAGCUACGGAUACAUUAUCGCCGCAGACGGCACGCCCACGGGCUCUGGUUUCCAAUCUGGUCAACAGUCCAAAGUACAGGACAUGCGGGACUCCCUAAACUGGGCGUUUGCAGGCAAAGCGACGAAAUACGGGAACGUCGAUUUGACCAAAGUCACGACUGCAGGUCACAGCUGUGGGGGCCUGGAAGCCAUGUCGACGGCGUACCGUGAUGAGAGGGUGAAGAGAAUUAUGCUAUUCAACAUUGCGAUAUUCCAGGAUGACAGGAGGUACCUACUCAAGGAGAUCAAGGUGCCAAUCAUGUAUCUCAUUGGAGGGCCGAAGGAUAUGGGUUAUAAUACUUCGGCUAAAGAUUAUGCGCUUCUGAACGCGGGGCUUCCCAAACUCAGGGCCAACCUCGAUACUGGCCAUGACGGGACUUUCGCCGCUACCAAUGGUGGCAAACAGGGUAAAGCAGCUGUGGCAUACUUGGAAUGGCAGUGGAGAGGUAACGCGACUGCUCAAGCAUACCUACUUGACGGCGGUCUGGAGAAGGACAACUGGAUUGAGGAGCAUGCCAACUGGACGAACGAUAUGCGGAUACCGCAGUCAUAUAUCCAGAAGUGCAAGGUGGUGGCACAUGUUUUCCAGGCCAUCUUCGUCUUCAUAGCAGCAUGUCUGACCAUCGCCGUCAUGACCAAGGACGGAGAUAUUGGAGGGGCUACUAGGUAUUUCUUUGCUAUGUGCUUCCUAUCCAUACCCGCCAUCAUCUACCUCACAAUGGUACCCAUGUGGUCGCGCGCCCAACGCUUCGCCUCCGCCUACGCUUUCCUCGCUGUCGACGCUUUAUACACUAUCCUUUGGUUCGCGGCCUUCAUUGCGGUGGCUAUGUGGAAUGCCCACGGUAUCAAGGAGGGAGCCAAGAAGGAGAAGAUUUCGGAUGAUGACCGGAAUUGCACAACAUUCCUUUAUGGAGACGAGGCCAAGUGCAAAGUCAGCAAGGCUGCUGUAGGUGUAGGUGUCAUGGUGUUCCUCUUCUUCGCCAUCACAACGGGCGUAUCCGGAUACUACCUCCACAAAUAUCUCCGUGAAGGCGUCAUGCCCUACCAAUCCUCCAAGGAGAACACACACUACGCUUCCGGCGACUCCGCCUACAACAAUCCCAAAGACACAACCUGGUCCACCGAAAUCGAAACCGCAAACGGUCGCGACUCAUCUGAUUCCCUUGAUCGUCGCACAGAUCGUGGUGGCAACCAAGAAGAAGACGAAUAUGCGCUGCUACACAGCACAGAAACAGAUGAAGGCAGACACCCUGGCCGACCACUGAGUUGGGGUGAGGACAGGAAUGGAACUUAUGGCGGUGGUGGCAGAACCACUGUUCCUCCAUAUGCGGAAUACAGGGAUAGCGGCAGCAUAGCUGCUGGCGUGGAUGCAUUAAGUCCAGGCGGUUAUGAAGAGUAUAGGAGAGAGGCCAGCGCUGGGCCUCUGGGUGGCAUGGGUAUGGAACGACAACCCAGCCACGUCAGUCACGCUGGGAGUGGGUAUAGCUUUAGUGGCGGGCCGGAGCGCCUGAAUUGA